AUGUCAGGACUUUGGGGUUGGUUUGGCGGCGGUAGUGCCGCGCAGAAGCGGAAAGAUACCCCCAAGAAUGUCAUCCUCGAUCUGCGGGCGCAGCUGGAGAUGCUGCAGAAGCGUGAGGUCCAUCUUACGCGCCAGAUAGAAGAGCAGGAACAGGUUGCGCGGAAGAAUGUCAACACAAAUAAGACUGCUGCGAAGGCGGCGCUUCGACGCAAGAAGAUCCACGAACACAACCUCGAGCAAACACUGAACCAUAUCGGGACGAUCGAGCAGCAAGUGAAUGCGAUCGAAUCAGCAAACAUCAACCAGGAGACGUUCGUCGCCAUGCAGCGGGCGGGUGAUGCCAUGAAGUCGAUACAUGGCAAGCUUACACCCACCAAGGUGGACGAGACGAUGGACAAGCUGCAAGAGUACAACCGCCUCAAUGAGGAGAUUGCCGAUGCCAUGGGGAGCAUCAGCGUGGGCCCGCAACUCGACGACACCGAACUCGAAGACGAGUUGGAAGAGCUCCAGCAGCAGCAAAUCGAAGAUAAGAUGCUUGAGACUGGCCCGGUCCCCGUCGACCGCCUACCUGCGGUGGCAAAUGGAGAGAUCAAGGGCAAAGCGCCUGCAGUCGCCGAGGACGAUGAGGAGGCGGAGCUCAAGAGACUCCAGGCCGAGAUGGCCAUGUGA